ACUUCCUCAUAACCCAGCACUGUACAUUCUUGAAGUGCUGAGAGGGCCGCGUGAUACAGCGCCGGGAUUUCAGGCCCCUGUUACGACUGAAAGGCCAGCGGAGUUGUCAAAUCAACGGACUGCGCCGGCUUGCCGAGACCGUCGUGGCGUAAUGACAGCCCUUCAGCUCGGAGCGCUGCUCCUGCUGACGUGCCUUGCGGUCCCACGAGUCGUCUGCGUUCCCCUCGCCAACUCCCAGGGUGUGUGCUCGAUGAAUGUGCUCUGUUUGGCUCGCUACCGCUUUUUCAAGGGCCGGUUCCCGCCAGUGACGGCUUCCGCUCGCGCCCUUUUCGACCGCGCGGACGCAUUGACCGUGUUAGACCACGUUUGGCCUUAGCAGCUCCACUAUCAUACCACGAGCUCCCCACGUGCCUCCACCGUUCCCUGCAUGUGGGAUGAAGGGCGCGCGGUACUAGCAGGGUAGCGCGGUGAGCGGCGUGAGUAAGGAGAGGCAGGGUCGAGAGAGGUCGGAGAAAGGGAUAGUGGGUGAUGCGAUGAUAGGCUGGGCAGGAGGGCUGGGAGACGCCGUGGGAGAGCAGAUGUGGUUGAGGGGGAGGAGAGAGGGGACAUGGGGGAGGAGACAUGGGAGAGGAGACAUGGGGGAGGAGACAUGGGAGAGGAGACAUGGGGGAGGAGACAUGGGAAAGGAGACAUGGGGGAGGAGACAUGGGAGAGGAGACAUGGGAGAGGAGACAUGGGGGAGGAGACAUGGGAGAGGAGACAUGGGGGAGGAGACAUGGGAGAGGAGACAUGGGGGAGGAGACAUGGGAGAGGAGACAUGGGAGAGGAGACAUGGGAGAGGAGACAUGGGAGAGGAGACAUGAGAGGAGAGGAGACAUGGGAGAGGAGACAUGGGAGAGGAGACAUGGGAGAGAAGAGAUGGGAGAGGAGAGAUGGGAGAGGAGACAUGGGAGCGGAGACAUGGGAGAGGAGACAUGGGAGAGGAGACAUGGGAGAGGAGACAUGGGAGAGGAGACAUGGGAGAGGAGACAUGGGAGAGGAGACAUGAGAGGAGAGGAGACAUGGGAGAGGAGACAUGGGAGAGGAGACAUGGGAGAGGAGACAUGGGAGAGGAGACAUGCGGGAGGAGACAUGGGAGAGGAGACAUGGGGGAGAAGACAUGGGAGAGGAGACAUGGGAGAGGAGACAUGGGGGAGGAGACAUGGGAGAGGAGACAUGGGAGAGGAGACAUGGGGGAGGAGACCUGGGAGAGGAGACAUGGGAGAGGAGACAUGGGAGAGGAGAUAUGGGAGAGGAGACAUGGGAGAGGAGACAUGGGAGAGGAGACAUGGGAGAGGAGACAUGGGGGAGGAGACAUGGGAGAGUAGACAUGGGGGAGGAGACAUGGGAGAGGAGACAUGGGGGAGGAGACAUGGGAGAGGAGACAUGGGGGAGGAGACAUGGGAGAGGAGACAUGGGGGAGAAGACAUGGGACAGGAGACAUGGGAGAGGAGACAUGGGAGAGGAGACAUGGGAGAGGAGACAUGGGAGAGGAGACAUGGGAGUGGAGACACGGGAGAGGAGGCAUGGGGGAGGAGACAUGGGAGAGGAGACAUGGGGGAGGAGACAUGGGAGAGGAGACAUGGGAGAGGAGACAUGGGGGAGGAGACAUGGGAGAGGAGAUAUGGGAGAGGAGACAUGGGAGAGGAGACAUGGGAGAGGAGAGAUGGGAGAGGAGAGAUGGGAGAGGAGAGAUGGGAGAGGAGACAUGGGGAAGGAGACAUGGGAGAGGAGACAUGGGAGAGGAGACAUGGGAGAGGAGAGAUGGGAGAGGAGAGAUGGGAGAGGAGACAUGGGAGAGGAGACAUGGGAGAGGAGACAUGGGAGAGGAGACAUGGGAGAGGAGACAUGGGAGAGGAGACAUGGGAGAGGAGACAUGGGAGAGGAGACAUGAGAGGAGAGGAGACAUGGGAGAGGAGACAUGGGAGAGGAGACAUGGGAGAGGAGACAUGGGAGAGAAGAGAUGGGAGAGGAGAGAUGGGAGAGGAGACAUGGGGAAGGAGACAUGGGAGAGGAGACAUGGGAGAGGAGAGAUGGGAGAGGAGAGAUGGGAGAGGAGAGAUGGGAGAGGAGACAUGGGAGAGGAGACAUGGGAGAGGAGACAUGGGAGAGGAGACAUGGGAGAGGAGACAUGGGAGAGGAGACAUGGGAGAGGAGACAUGGGAGAGGAGACAUGAGAGGAGAGGAGACAUGGGAGAGGAGACAUGGGAGAGGAGACAUGGGAGAGAAGAGAUGGGAGAGGAGAGAUGGGAGAGGAGACAUGGGAGCGGAGACAUGGGAGAGGAGACAUGGGAGAGGAGACAUGGGAGAGGAGACAUGGGAGAGGAGACAUGGGAGAGGAGACAUGGGAGAGGAGACAUGAGAGGAGAGGAGACAUGGGAGAGGAGACAUGGGAGAGGAGACAUGGGAGAGGAGACAUGGGAGAGGAGACAUGCGGGAGGAGACAUGGGAGAGGAGACAUGGGGGAGAAGACAUGGGAGAGGAGACAUGGGAGAGGAGACAUGGGGGAGGAGACAUGGGAGAGGAGACAUGGGAGAGGAGACAUGGGGGAGGAGACCUGGGAGAGGAGACAUGGGAGAGGAGACAUGGGAGAGGAGACAUGGGAGAGGAGACAUGGGAGAGGAGACAUGGGAGAGGAGACAUGGGAGAGGAGACAUGGGGGAGGAGACAUGGGAGAGGAGACAUGGGGGAGGAGACAUGGGAGAGGAGACAUGGGGGAGGAGACAUGGGAGAGGAGACAUGGGGGAGGAGACAUGGGAGAGGAGACAUGGGGGAGAAGACAUGGGACAGGAGACAUGGGAGAGGAGACAUGGGGUUGGAGACAUGGGAGAGGAGACAUGGGGAAGCAGACAUGGGAGAGGAUACAUGGGGGAGGAGACAUGGGAGAGGAGACAUGGGGGAGGAGACAUGGGAGAGGAGACAUGGGGGAGGAGACAUGGGAGAGGAGACAUGGGGGAGAAGACAUGGGAGAGGAGACAUGGGAGAGGAGACAUGGGGGAGGAGACAUGGGAGAGGAGACAUGGGGAAGGAGACAUGGGAGAGGAGACAUGGGGGAGGGGGACAUGGGGGAGGAGACAUGGGAGAGGAGACAUGGGGGAGGAGACAUGGGAGAGGAGACAUGGGGGAGGAGACAUGGGAGAGGAGACAUGGGGGAGAAGACAUGGGAGAGGAGACAUGGGAGAGGAGACAUGGGGGAGGAGACAUGGGAGAGGAGACAUGGGGAAGGAGACAUGGGAGAGGAGACAUGGGGGAGGAGACAUGGGAGAGGAGACAUGGGGGAGGAGACAUGGGAGAGGAGACAUGGGGGAGGAGACAUGGGAGAGGAGACAUGGGGGAGGAGACAUGGGAGAGGAGACAUGGGGGAGAAGACAUGGGACAGGAGACAUGGGAGAGGAGACAUGGGGGAGGAGACAUGGGAGAGGAGACAUGGGGAAGGAGACAUGGGAGAGGAGACAUGGGGGAGGAGACAUGGGAGAGGAGACAUGGGGGAGGAGACAUGGGAGAGGAGACAUGGGGGAGGAGACAUGGGAGAGGAGAGAUGGGAGAGGAGAGAUGGGAGAGGAGACAUGGGAGAGGAGACAUGGGAGAGGAGACAUGGGAGAGGAGACAUGGGAGAGGAGACAUGGGAGAGGAGACAUGGGAGAGGAGACAUGGGAGAGGAGACAUGAGAGGAGAGGAGACAUGGGAGAGGAGACAUGGGAGAGGAGACAUGGGAGAGGAGACAUGGGAGAGGAGACAUGCGGGAGGAGACAUGGGAGAGGAGACAUGGGGGAGAAGACAUGGGAGAGGAGACAUGGGAGAGGAGACAUGGGGGAGGAGACAUGGGAGAGGAGACAUGGGAGAGGAGACAUGGGGGAGGAGACCUGGGAGAGGAGACAUGGGAGAGGAGACAUGGGAGAGGAGACAUGGGAGAGGAGACAUGGGAGAGGAGACAUGGGAGAGGAGACAUGGGAGAGGAGACAUGGGGGAGGAGACAUGGGAGAGGAGACAUGGGGGAGGAGACAUGGGAGAGGAGACAUGGGGGAGGAGACAUGGGAGAGGAGACAUGGGGGAGGAGACAUGGGAGAGGAGACAUGGGGGAGAAGACAUGGGACAGGAGACAUGGGAGAGGAGACAUGGGGGAGGAGACAUGGGAGAGAAGACAUGGGGAAGGAGACAUGGGAGAGGAGACAUGGGGGAGGAGACAUGGGAGAGGAGACAUGGGGGAGGAGACAUGGGAGAGGAGACAUGGGGGAGGAGACAUGGGAGAGGAGACAUGGGGGAGAAGACAUGGGAGAGGAGACAUGGGAGAGGAGACAUGGGGGAGGAGACAUGGGAGAGGAGACAUGGGGAAGGAGACAUGGGAGAGGAGACAUGGGGGAGGAGACAUGGGAGAGGAGACAUGGGGGAGGAGACAUGGGAGAGGAGACAUGGGGGAGGAGACAUGGGAGAGGAGACAUGGGGGAGGAGACAUGGGAGAGGAGACAUGGGAGAGGAGACAUGGGAGAGGAGACAUGGGAGAGGAGACAUGGGAGAGAAGAGAUGGGAGAGGAGAGAUGGGAGAGGAGACAUGGGAGCGGAGACAUGGGAGAGGAGACAUGGGAGAGGAGACAUGGGAGAGGACACAUGGGAGAGGAGACAUGGGAGAGGAGACAUGGGAGAGGAGACAUGAGAGGAGAGGAGACAUGGGAGAGGAGACAUGGGAGAGGAGACAUGGGGGAGAAGACAUGGGAGAGGAGACAUGGGGGAGGAGACAUGGGAGAGGAGACAUGGGGGAGGAGACAUGGGAGAGGAGACAUGGGGGAGGAGACAUGGGAGAGGAGACAUGGGGGAGAAGACAUGGGACAGGAGACAUGGGAGAGGAGACAUGGGGGAGGAGACAUGGGAGAGGAGACAUGGGGAAGGAGACAUGGGAGAGGAGACAUGGGGAGGAGACAUGGGAGAGGAGACAUGGGGGAGGAGACAUGGGAGAGGAGACAUGGGGAGGAGACAUGGGAGAGGAGAGAUGGGAGAGGAGAGAUGGGAGAGGAGACAUGGGAGAGGAGACAUGGGAGAGGAGACAUGGGAGAGGAGACAUGGGAGAGGAGACAUGGGAGAGGAGACAUGGGAGGGAGACAUGGGAGAGGAGCAUGAGAGGGAGGAGACAUGGGAGAGGAGACAUGGGAGAGGAGACAUGGGAGAGGAGACAUGGGAGAGGAGACAUGGGGGAGGAGACAUGGGAGAGGAGACAUGGGAGAGGAGACAUGGGAGAGGAGACAU